AGCUUCAGAGGAAGAAGGAACGACCCCCGCCCCCUCAACUUGCCCCCCCCCACCCCACACUCAUCUGACCGAGGGCUCCCAUAGGCUGACGCAGGUACACUCGUACAAGUAACAGCAGCUCCUUCUUCUCAUCUUGUGUAAAGAUUUUCCGAGAGGCCGACGUCUGCUGUGCGCUAGGAGACUUGAAAGGACGACAGAGGACAAACAGGAAGCACGAGAAGCAGGAAAGGCAUCUUCAGCACCGACAUGUCACGCUGGGGGCGAAAGAACGUGAAGAAGGCGCCGGAGGUCAUCCGCACCGUCACCGAAGGCCUCAAGUCGCUGUACCGCAAGAAGCUGCUCCCCCUGGAGCAGUACUACGGCUUCCACGACUUCCACUCGCUCAGCCUGGAGGACGCCGACUUUGACAACAAGCCCAUGGUGCUGGUGGUGGGCCAGUACUCCACCGGGAAGACCACCUUCAUCAAGUACCUCCUGGAGCAGGAGAUCCCGGGGAGCAGGGUGGGACCCGAGCCCACCACCGACUGCUUCACCGCCAUCAUGCACGGCGAGGUGGAGAGCGUCAUCCCCGGGAACGCCCUCAUCGUGGACCCCAACAAGCCCUUCCGUAAGCUCAACCCUUUCGGAAACACCUUCCUCAACAGGUUCCAGUGUGCCCAGAUGUCCAAUCAGGUGCUGGAGAGCAUCAGCAUCAUUGACACCCCCGGGAUCCUGUCGGGGGCCAAGCAGAGAGUCAGCAGAGGUGAGAAGGGUUAUAAAGGCUACGACUUCCCGGCCGUGUUGCGUUGGUUCGCGGAGCGAGUGGAUCGCAUCAUCUUGCUCUUUGACGCCCACAAGCUGGAGAUCUCCGACGAGUUCUCGGAGGCCAUCGGGGCACUGAAGGGCAACGAGGACAAGCUGCGGGUGGUCCUCAACAAGGCCGACAUGGUGGGCACCCAGCAGCUCAUGAGAGUCUACGGCGCCCUCAUGUGGUCCCUGGGCAAAGUGUUCGGCACCCCGGAGGUCCUGAGGGUCUACAUCGGGUCCUUCUGGUCCGAGCCGCUCAUGGUGUCCGACAAUCGCAAGCUGUUCGAGCUGGAGGAGGAGGAUCUGUUCGCUGAUAUCCAGAACCUUCCGAGAAACGCGGCUCUGCGCAAGCUCAACGACCUGGUGAAGAGAGCGCGCCUGGUCCGGGUGCACGCUCACAUCAUCAGCUACCUGAAGCAGGAGAUGCCCUCUGUCUUCAGGAAGGACAACAAGAAGAAGAACCUCAUCUACCAGCUGCCCGUCAUCUUCUCCAAGAUACAACUGCAGCACAACAUCUCCGCUGGUGACUUCCCUGACUGUGCCAAGAUGCAGGAACAACUGAUGGUACACGACUUCACCAAGUUCAAAACCCUCAAGCCCAACCUGAUGGCGGCCCUGGACGAGCUGCUGUCAGUGGACAUCGCCAAGCUGAUGCCCCUCCUGCGCCAGGAGGAGCUGGAGGCGGGCGAACAGCCCGGCGUGCAGGGCGGGGCUUUCCUGGGCACGCGAGCCGGCCCCUUUGGCGAAGGUGACCCCUUCGGCGAGGAGGAGGGAGAGUGCGCCGAGGAGGAGGAGAUGUGGGUGGUGACCAAAGACAAGCCCAAGUACGACGAGAUCUUCUACAACCUGGCCCCCAAUGAGGGCAAGCUGAGCGGCACCAAGGCCAAGAACUGGAUGGUCAGCUCCCGCCUACCCAACUCCGUGCUGGGUCGCAUCUGGAAGCUUUCGGAUGUGGACCGAGACGGCAUGCUGGACGAGGAGGAGUUCGCCUUGGCCAGCCACCUGAUCGAGGUCAAACUGGAGGGUCACGGCCUGCCCCCCGAGUUGCCCAGUCGCCUCGUCCCGCCCUCCAAGCGCAGGCAGGCAGGCUCGGACGCGUGAACCGGCGUCCUCUCACACUUCUGUUUGUAUGUUUGCUCCUGGCUCUCCUCCAUGCACCACAUAGUUUGAGGAGGCCCUCUGCUGCAGUCGUGAGGUUAGCACGGUGGAGCGUCCUGGACCAAAGUGUUGCGUCACACAUCCCUUCUCACUUUUGGCGCCCUCGUGUUGUUUUUCCACAUGACUCACUGGACUCUGCGUUAGGUACACAAGAUAACAACAUCCAAUGCAUUCCAUCCCAACAUGGCCGACAGCGCUAAGCUAGUACGAGUGAAUCGACACAGUCCUGACAACCGCAGCUCGUGUUAAACGGCAACUAGUUUCCCAGUUUCCCCUAAUGCAUUUUUUGUUUGAUGGCCACUUCCUGUUUGGUGCAUGGCAUCAAAGAAUGGACAAAGUGUACCACAAAUGACAAAAUAGUGACUCAAAUGGAGGAAAGUGAAAAAUCUGGACUGGUGUACCUAAUGAAGUGUCCAGUGAGUGUAUAUAUUCCUUGUGUUUGCCGAGCAGGUCCAAAAGUGUAUUUAUCAUAACAAAGCUGUAUGUAUUAAAGCCAUACUUGUUAGCGUUAUUAGCAUAUCCCUUCAGUGCUGCUUCACGCCUUACACUUGAUUUUAUUUCCACGUCUGCUUGUCUUCCUACGAUUGUAACAAAGCCUCCGCAGAGAGCAGACGACUACUACUACUACUGUGCACAGCGCCACCGCCUGUCCUCACGCCCGCUAUUACAGCAAUAAAGUGACCUGUAGACUGUG